AAUUAAAAGAGACGAGGAAGGGGAGCCCUGCGGGAGGUGUGACUUUGUCGCCCAGGCUGGCCUGGACCCCCAGGCUCAGCGAUCCUCCCGCCUCUGGGUCCUCAGGCUCCUGCCCACCGGGCCGCAUCCCUGCUGUGUUUAAGCAGCAGGUGGUGACCUCACUCCUCCCUGGCCUGAGCCCUCCAUCGCGCAUCCCAUGCAGGGGUCCUUGGGAAGUCUCUGAAGCUGAGCACAGAGAAUGGAGAGUAGAAAGGGAGAGGAUUUCUAUUCUGUUCUCUGGGCCUUCCGCAUGAAAUUGUACGUUCUGCCCAGGCAGGGCUUUGCAUUUCACAUUCUAGUUUGCAUCCCCGUUCCAGACAAUUCCAGGGCUUUUGAAUCUUGCUUCAGCCUUCCUGACCUCUCUCGCACCCAAAGUCCCAAAAACAGUCGCUGGGAGCCAGCCUGAGGGACCUGUUCCGCCUCGGCCCCGCCCUCUGCUGGUUCUAAAGGACAAGGUCUCUCUGCCUGGGGCCCCACCUCUACUUUGCUCAGGCCCAGCCCACUUUCUCGUUGGCUCCACCCAGGCCUGGCUUUAGUCCUGUGCGCACAGGUGCGCGCAGACCAGGAAGCGGAUCCCGUGGAGUGAAAAUCGCGCCGCGGCGGAUUGACUUCUAAAGACUCUUGGUAGGUGAGGAAAAACCACGGAAGAGGAAAGCAGAGGAGUCAGGGAUGGCUGUUCCUCAGGGUCUACUGACAUUCAGGGAUGUGGCCAUAGAAUUCUCUCAGGAGGAGUGGAAAUGCCUGGACCCUGCUCAGAGGACUCUGUACAGAGACGUGAUGUUGGAGAAUUAUAGGAACCUGGUCUCCCUGGCUACCUCUUCCAAAUGUGUGAUGAAGAUGUUCUCAUCAACAGGGCAAGGCAAUACAGAAGUGAUCCACACAGGGACAUUGCAAAGACAUGCAAGUCAUCCCAUUGGAGAUAUUUGCUUCCAGGAAAUUGGGAAAGAUAUUCAUGACGUUGUGUUUCAGUGGAAAGAAAAUGAAACAAAUGGCCAUGAAGCACCCAUGCGAAAAAUAAAAAUGUUGACGAGUAGUACAGACCGAUAUGAUCAAAGACAUGCUGGAAACAAGCCUAUGAAAGAUCAGCUUGGAUCAAGCUUUCAUUCACAUCUGCCUGAACUGCACAUAUUUCAGCCUGAAGGGAAAAUUGGCAAUCAAGUUGAGAAGCCUAUCAAUGAUGCUUUCUCAGUUUCAGCAUCCCAAAGAAUUUACUGUAGGCCGAAAACCCAUAUUUCUAACAAAUAUGGGAAGAAUUUCCUUCAUUCUUCAUUACUCACAGAAAAACAGGAAAUACACAUGAGAGAAAAAUCUUUCCAAUGUAAUGAGAGUGGCAAAGCCUUUAAUCGUAGCUCACUCUUUAAAAAACAUCAGAUAAUCCAUUUAGGAGACAAACAAUAUAAGUGUGAUGUAUGUGGCAAGCUCUUUAAUCAGAAGCGAUACCUCGCAUGCCAUAGAUGUCAUAUUGGUGAGAAACCUUACAAGUGUAAUGAAUGUGGCAAGACCUUCAGUCACAAUUCAGUCCUCUUAGUUCACAAGGUAAUUCAUACUGGAGAGAAACCUUACACGUGUAAUGAGUGUGGCAAGGCUUUUAAUCAACAAUCAAACCUUACGCGUCAUCAUAGACUUCAUACUGGAGAGAAACCUUACAAAUGUGAAGAAUGUGACAAAGUUUUCAGUCGCAAAUCACAUCUUGAAAGACAUAGGAGAAUUCACACUGGAGAGAAACCAUACAAAUGUAAGGUUUGUAACAAGGCUUUCAGACGUGAUUCACACCUGGCACAACAUGCUGUAAUUCACACUGGAGAGAAACCUUACAAGUGUAAUGAAUGUGGCAAGGUUUUUAAUCAAAAAGCAAACCUUGAAUGUCAUCGUAGAAUUCAUACUGGAAAGAAAUCUUAUAAGCAGAAGCCUUACAAAUGUGAAGAAUGUGACAAAGCUUUCAAUUUCAAUUCACUCCUUGAAAUACAUAGGAGAGUUCAUACUGGAGAGAAACCAUAGAAGUGUAAGGUUUGUGACAAGGCUUUUGGGUGUGAGUCACAUCUGGCACAACAUACUGGAAUUCACACUGGAAAGGAACUGUACAAGUGUAAUGAGUGUGGCAAAGCCUUUAGUGGUCAACAUCAUUCACACCUUGCAGUUUAUGGGCGAUCCUAUACAGGAGAGAAACCUUACAAAUGUGAUGACUGUGGCAAGGUCUUCAGUCAAGUUUUAUCUUUUGCAAAACAUAGGAGAAUUCAUACAGGAGAGAAAGCUCACAACUAUGAUGAUUGUGGCAUAGUCUUUACUUCACAUUCACACCUCAUUAGAUAUCAGAGGAUCCAUACUGGACAGAAAGCUUACAAAUGUCAUAUGUGUGACAAGGUCUUCAGUCCGAGGUUACUCCUUACAGAAUAUCAGAACGUUCAUUUUUGAGGUAAUAGUUACAAAUGCAAUGAGCAUAGCAAACCAUCAAGGAUUAAUUGACAGUAGAGUCAAUUCAGCAUUACUUGAGUUUGAGUUGACUUAAAACAUUGAGUUCAAGCAUUAAUUGACAUUAAAGUGUUUAUAUUAAGAGGAUUGGGCCAGGUGCGAUGGCUCACGCCUGUAAUCCCAGGACUUGAGGAGCCCGAGGUGGGUAGAUCACUUGAGAUCAUGUGUUUGAGACCAGCCUAGCCAACAGACGUGAGUCACUUUUCCCAGCCUGCUUUUUUUUCCUUUAACAAAAACCGAUAGGGAUUUUUAUGAGUAUUGUGUUGAAUCUGGAUCACACUGAGUUACAUAAUCAUUUAGCAAUAUUAAUUUUUCCAAACCAUCAUUAUGAGUUGUAUCUCUGUAUAUGUUUUUAAUCAUUUUGGUCAAUGUUUGUAGAUUUCAAGGUACAAAAUUCUCAGUUUUUAACGUUUAUUCCUAAGUAUUUCUUAAAGAUCUCUAGCAAAUGAAAGUGUUUUUUAAGAUCCCCAGCAAAUGGAAGUGUUUUUUAAUUUUCGUUUAAAAGUAUUUAUUGUUGCUGGGUGCGGUGGCUCAAGCCUGUAAUCCCAGCACUUUGGGAGGCCGAGACGGG